CCUCUCUCCUCCUCUCGUCCUCUCCUCUCCUCUCCUCUCCUCUCCUCUCCUCUCCUCUCCUCCUGUCAUGUCUGUAUCCACAAGGAACCCUCUCCAGCGUCGGCGCUCUCUGGGUCCCGUCUCGCCCAAACGCAUAUAUAGGAACCUGUCCGUCAGACUGAGGGGGGGGGAGUCAUCUGUUGCUGGGGAAACUAACACACCCAAACACCUCAGCAAGUCUGCAGAUGCCUACAUGUCCCUGUGGGAAGCGGUGGAAAAUGAAGACACUCUGGCCGUGCAGAGCCUGCUGUCCAGAGACCACACCGGCUGUGGGGGAGGAGGGAGGAGCAUGUGGGAGAGAGGAGAGAGGAAGAGCAAAGACUGGGAGAGAGAGAGGGAGAAGGGGGUGAACAGGGUGAGCGAUCAGGGCCUGGUCCCCCUGGACGUGGCCGCCCUUACCCACAAUUACCCUCUACUACACGUGUUGACGAAGGCAGGAGCCCGACACAACCCCGUCUUGUGCCGACCCGUUGAGUGGGAGCUGAAGCUGGACGCUCUGGUGACUCUGGCGAGUAAACGGGUGGAGGAGAAGAAGGAUUUGUUGAGGAUGGUGGGGGCGGGGCCUCAGAUGCAGGCCGACGUCCACAGACACAUCCGCCUCUGGAGCCUGAGGCUGCAGCUGUACUGCCGCAUGAAAGAGAACUUCCAAAACACAGAGCUUCCAGGACCGCCCAGUCACGUGUCCAUAGUGGUGACCAGCUCGUCGUCUCUGUUUCUGGUCAUCAAGGAGCCUGAAGGCAACACCAUGGGGCUCAUCACCCGCUACAGAGUGGAGUGGAGCAGCUCAGCCAGCUUCAAGCGCAUCCUCGGUUCUGCACAAGUGGCCGAGACCAAAAACCCGUCCCAUAGCGUGAAGGGUCUCACAGCGGGAGUUCAUUACUUUGUGAGAGUGAGUGCCUUCAAUGUGAAAGGAUGGGGCCCGCCUCAGUGCUCCACGCCGCUCAGUGCUGCCCCCUCCAGUUGGAGAGAGUGCGUCGGUGUGAAGUCACAGCUCAGGAAUCACGAAGGCCUCGUGAGAAAACUGCUCGAGGACGCCAGAGAACAGAACUACCGAGGAUUCUGCAUCGAGACGUCGAAGCCCCAGAGUCCCAGUAAGCGUCUGUCUGUGUCGCGAGGCAUCAAACAGCUGUUCCAGUCCGCCACCAAGUUUGUUCGUCUCCUGCAGAGGGGCGUGUACUUGGCGACGGUUUUCUACCACAAAGAAAACAUCCUGUUGACAGCUGAAGAUCAGAUUCCUCUGGUGGACAUCCAGUGCUGCUCCACCUCCAUCACGCAGGACUUUGCCUGGUUUGCAAAGUUGUCCUGUGCAUGGCAGCAGGUUCCCUGGCUGCAGCAGGCUCUGUCCUCGGCUCAUUCCUCACCCUCCUCCCUCCUUCAGAACAGGCACAACAUUUUACGAGCCGUCUCACAGCUGCAGUCUUCUCUGGGAACGAUGGACCUGGGCCAGGUCUACUACGAACCCCUGAAAGACCGGCAGGGAAACGUCUUACUGGUGACUCUGAGGGAGUUCCCCCACCCUCCCAGCCCUCCUGACCCCCCGCUGCACUGGUUACCUCUGGCCCGCCUGGAAAAGAACCGCAGCAGAACUCCCCUGCUGCCCGAGCCCACCGCCAUGGACCAGCUGUACGAGCAGCUGAAGGAGAAACUGUCCCUCCACCGCCACAGCACUCAGUGGGCUCAGCCCGGCCUGUACGUGGGCAUCCUCAAACUGUGCAGCUCAGUGGAGCAGAUCCGAGUCCUGGUGCCGCGGAGGUUACCCAACCUGCUGUGCCACACACGGGUCCGACACAACGCCCACGUGUCCAGAGAGGAGUGGGAGUGGCUUCAGAGUCAUGUUUACACAACAACCAAUGACAGCGCUCAGAACCUGCAGAGCGGCGAGGACGAGGGCUCCAAGGAGAGUGGCGUGUUGGCCGAGUUCAUCAUGUCUCUGAGAGCUGCCGUCGCACAUCUGCUGACCAAGCUCAACAUCCCCCUCUACAGGGCCUAUCAGUAUGGAGUGUAUACUCGGGAGCUGCUUCAGUUUGGAGACAAAGUGUCCAUGCUGCUGCUGCUUCCUCCCAGUGAGGACUUCAGCUCCAGUUACUGGCCUCUGCUGGGGACCAAAGAGACCGGGCUCACCAUGCCGCUGCAGAUCUUUGAGCUGGUUCACUUCUGGACGUACGAGCAGGACUUUGUCACUCAGUACUGUCAGGCGUGGGUCCGGCUGGAGCUCGACACACACCUCGCCCAGCAGGCUCUAAGGGAGGCGCUGGACACCAAGGAGGUGCAGGAGGCCCGAGAGCGCCUCAACCACGUUACAGAGUUCACCCAGCGUUUGGACGCUCUGUGGAGGGACGCCCGCUGGAUUAUGGACUGUCUGCAGUGCGUGCGGUCCAGGCAGUGGGUGGGGGCGGUGCCUCUGGGCCUGGUGAUGGGAGGAGACCCGCCUGCUCGUCCUGAUGGCGAGGAGGAGGAGGACAGUUUGACUGCCAGACUGACGUGGCCUCAUCGGACUCAAGCACAGAGAGCUGUUUCAGAGAGUUCAGUCAGCAGUACUCCCCCAAAUGUCGUCACCACUGAGGUCUCCGCCCCCACAGGAAUCACGGGGGUCCCUGAAGAGUCGGCGCUGGUGCUGGAGGGCGUUGCAAAGGGGGGGUAUCCUGUAGACAUCGCCGCUCAGUCCACCGUCGACCUGACGAGCAUCGGGCAGUCAGAGUUAGGCUGCGCGAGUGCGUUGAUCGAGUCCGGCCUCGAGCCUGCUGCUGUCGCUCAGUUAGACGUGGGUUACACGGUUUUGGAGACUCAGGCGUCGUUCAGUGAGGACGACGACUUUCCUCCCAGCAUCACGGAGGUGAUCCGGCCGAUGGAGAUGGCCGAGCUGGUCGACAUUCUGCCCACGUUGAGUCUUAUUGAAGAGGAGACCCUGAGCGGGCCGACCACGCCCUCAGUGAUGGACAUGUUAGAGAGCUUUGGGCUGGGCAUCGGAGAGAACGACGCCUUCUUCAACCUCGGCGAGUCAAACGAGAUGAAUGGCGCCAAGGAUCCGGACUGUAACGGCAGCAGCACACGCUGUGAGAACACGGUGUGCAAAGAACCAGAUCUGUCUGCGUCUCCGACCGUCGACACACACCCACCGACCGUCGACACACACCCACCGACCGUCGACACACACCCACCGACCGUCGACACACACCCACCGACCAUCGACACACACCCACCGACCGUCAACACACACCCACCGACCAUCGACACACACCCACCGACCGUCAACACACACCCACCGACCAUCGACACACACCCACCGACCAUCGACACACACCCACCGACCGUCAACACACACCCACCGACCAUCAACUCGACCCGUGCUGACGUUGUAACCUGGGAUCAUCUUUCUGAGGACACAGAGACCGGGCUCGCUCCAAACCAGGCGGCGAGCUUUCCGCUGAGGAACCAGGUGGCGUGGGACAAACCCUCCAACAGCUCGUCCUGAUGUCUGCUAAAGAACCCGCCCACUGUUUAUGAGUCAUCAUUAAGAGCCAAUCAGCAGCCUGUAGCAUGAGGCCUGUGCGGAUAGCUUCAGGACUUCUUCAUGUAGUUACACAUUUCUGCAGCCGUAGCUCUUCUUUUUUUCAACGGUCAGUUUGUUGCUCCUGCGUACGUCAUCAGUGUGCGACGAGCUCUAAUGUUAGUUUUUAUGACUUCACUAACUGCUGCGUGUCGGAGCCGGUAAACAAAGGGUUAACUUUGUAGACGUUUUGCAUUUCACGACAGAACAGGAUCAGUAUUUAUGAUCCUGCUGACUCCAGGUGGCCAGCCUCAUGAAACCAGAGUUUAAACUAAAAAAUCUAACGAUUUCACUUCCUGUUUGAUUUCACAGCAACAAAUAUAAAAGUCCUCGAUGCGAUAUCGGGGGAUUUAUUGUUUUUGUUACCAAAAGUUGCAGGAAAACUCUGGCAUGCUGUCCAACCUGCACAUAUACAUUUGGUUACAAUCAGAUUUAUGUCUUGGACUCCUGUUAUCCAACGUAAAAAUCUGAUUUUUUUGCCAAAUCCUAUCCCAUAAAUCCCGAUGUUACCACGGUCAGUGCAAUAACCCGAACAUAGCCCCUUUCCAUAGCAAAAUCCCAGAGUGGACAUUAGUGCAAGCAAAUCCAAAAUAAAAGCAGACAGGAAAUACUCUCAGCUUAAGACAGGACAAACAUUCAAAAUAAAAGCCAACAGUUUAUGUUUUAAAAGUGAAAUAAUAGAAUUACAAACAUAUUUUAAAGCAUGUGUCAAAGAAUAAUUUAAGUAUUUAUAAACAUGUGGAUAAACCAUAUUAUAUCAUAUAUUUAAUAUCACAUAUCAUUAUUAUUAUUAUUACAAGUCAUUAUGAAAGAAAGUGUUUAUGUGUCAUAACUGCCAAGAUUUGUGUUAUUGGAAAUCUCAUUAAAAAGAACUUGUGAGUCCUUCAUCGUUCCUUACUUUA